AUGUUGAAACUACUAACAAAUCCAAACUCCCUAACCAACAAAGUAUUGAAGGAAUUCCAGGGAGGAGCUAGGUACAAAAUAAAUUAUGGUAUCUCUGUCCAAAUUUGGGACAACCCUUGGAUUCCUGGAGUGCCUAAGUUAAUGCCAGAGAAGACUCAUUUUUCUUCACCUUUACUGCAGAAGGCCAAUGAUCUCCUUGACUCAACUAGAAGAAGUUGGAACACAGAAACACUGAAGAACAAUUUCACAGACAUGGAUAUGCAAGCAAUUCUUAAAAUCAGAGGGAUGGAACCAAAGAAGCAUGACAGACUUGAAUGGGAUAGUGGGAUCAAGCUAAUUUCUCUGUAG